ACUUUGUUGCUAAAUGGUUUGUUUUUAUUGCCGUGGCGUAUUUCAAAAGUGUUAUUAAUGUAUGCGCACGCAUGGACAUUAGAAAGGGACGCGUGAACGUUGUUUGACGUUUAGUGUCCAAAUAAAAAGACGGAAUGGUUUACUGAAAAACAAAAUCAUUGAGAACUUUGGUGUGUUUGUUGUACUUUUCGAAAGGCUAUUUAUGAAUGGUUUGUUGCAGGUUUUUUUUUUUAACUAGAAAGGAUGGUCCUGUGUGCAGUGAGGCGGCAGCUCCUGAGGAGCAGCAGCAGCAGCAGCAGCAGCAGCAGCAGUGGAGCCUGGGCCAGGCUGCUGCACAGACACAGCAGUGGCUGUGUGCGCUCCAACAUCCACGACUUCAACCAGGAGGAGAUCAGAGAGAAGCUGGGGGCCUUUCCCGGAGGCUCUGUCGAUCUGCUCAAACAGGAGUCUGGUGUGGCUGUGCUCACCGUCAACAACCCCUCCCGCAUGAACGCUUUCUCCGGCAGCAUGAUGGUGGAUCUGGAAGAGAGGGUGAGCCAGCUGGAGAGCUGGACAGACGGUAAAGGCCUCAUUGUUCAGGGCGCUGCUGGAACUUUCUGCUCUGGAUCGGACCUCAACGCUGUCAGGGCGAUAUCCAACCCACAGGACGGGAUGAAGAUGUGUAUGUUCAUGCAGAACGCUCUGACAAGACUACUCAGGCUGCCUCUGAUCUCUGUCGCUCUGGUGGAGGGGAGAGCGCUGGGAGGUGGUGCAGAGCUCACCACUGCCUGUGAUUUCAGGUUGAUGGCGUCCGGCAGCGUGAUCCAGUUUGUCCACAAACACAUGGGCCUGGUCCCAGGCUGGGGCGGCGCAGCGCGGCUCGUCCGCACUGUGGGGAGCCAGAACGCCCUGAAGCUGCUGGGCGGUGCUCUGAAGGUGGACCCCGAUCUCGGCCUGCGGAUUGGACUGGCAGAUGCGGUCCUGGAGGUCCCCCGGGCGGAGGAGGGUGCAGGGACGCAGUUACAGCAGGCCGAAGACUGGCUCAGUCGCUACACAAAAGGACCUGCCCCGGUGAUCCGGGCUGUGAAGAAGGUGGUGUUGUCGGGCCGAGAGCUCCCCCUGUCAGAGGCUCUGAGGACUGAGAAGGAUGUGUUUGGGACGGUGUGGGGUGGUCCGGCUAACCUGCAGGCUCUGGCCAGCAAGUCCAAACACAAAUGAGUGUGUGUGUGUUCAGAACUGCUGAGAUCAGCCAAGACACUUGUGGAAAGCUCUGACUCUUGAUCAGCAUCAAUAAACUGACUUCUUUGGUGUUCUGAAGACGUUUACAAGUACUUUUAUUAUCAUUGUUGGUUAUCACUAGAGCCUGAACUGUAUAUUGGUAUAUAUCAAUAUUGACCUUUCACAUACAGUUUGGUAUCAGCGGAUAUGUUUUUUGAUAUUGUCGCUGUCCAGUCAAAACCUGCUUGUCUCCAAAACUUCUCAUGAGCUAAGAAAAGCGGCCGUGUUUGUUUUCAGCUUUGUGGCGAUGCAUCUUUCAGAUGAUUCAGUGACUUUGUAAAUGACUUGUUUGGCUUUAGAAUAGGGAGGAUUGUCUCAUAAAGGAGCACUCCAUCCUUCAGUUUCAUCCAUAACAUUCAAUAACACCAAAUUGGGAGAUAUGUGGACAGUGAAGACAUGAUGUAACACAGAAAAAUAUGCUUGGGGUAAUUUAUUCUGAUUAAAUUGACAGUGAAUGAUCAUUUUGGGUGAUAAAACAUACAUAUCCUGCCUCCAUUACAUAUCUUUGUUCUACUCCCUGAUGGUAUGGACAUCAACCCUUCAAAUCCUGCAUCAGUUGUCCUCUAGUUAAGACUACAAACUUACUCAUG